CUGCCCAGGAUCCUGAUGGGGGCUCUGCCCUCUAUCAUCCUCCCACCCACAGGCCCUCCAGACCCUGGGACCUCCCAGCCGCUGCUCACCUGGCUGCUGCUGCCUCUGCUCCUCCUCCUAAUCCUCCUCGCAGCCUACUUCUUCAGGUUCAGGAAGCAGAGGAAAGCCGUGGUCAGCAGCAACGACAAGAAGAUGCCCAACGGCAUCCUGGAAGAGCAAGAGCAGCAGAGAGUGAUGCUGCUGAGCAGGUCUCCAUCAGGUCCCAAGAAGUACUUCCCCAUCCCAGUGGAGCACCUGGAGGAGGAGAUCCGUGUGAGAUCAGCAGAUGACUGCAAGCGCUUCCGUGAGGAGUUCAAUUCAUUGCCAUCUGGACACAUACAAGGAACGUUUGAUCUAGCAAAUAAAGAAGAAAACAGAGAAAAAAACAGAUAUCCCAACAUUCUACCCAAUGAUCAUUCCAGAGUGAUUUUGAGCCAAGUGGAUGGAAUCCCCUGCUCUGACUACAUUAAUGCUUCCUAUAUAGAUGGCUACAAAGAAAAGAACAAAUUCAUAGCGGCUCAAGGCCCUAAACAGGAGACAGUGAAUGACUUCUGGAGGAUGAUCUGGGAACAGAAGUCAGCCACCAUUGUCAUGUUGACGAAUCUGAAGGAGAGGAAGGAGGAGAAGUGCUAUCAGUACUGGCCGGACCAGGGCUGCUGGACCUAUGGGAACAUCCGGGUGUGUGUGGAAGAUUGUGUGGUUCUGGUGGACUACACCAUCCGAAAGUUCUGCAUCCAUCCGCAACUCCCCGACACCUGCAAAGCCCCACGGCUGGUCUCACAACUACACUUCACCAGCUGGCCUGACUUUGGGGUACCUUUCACCCCCAUUGGAAUGCUGAAGUUCCUGAAGAAAGUGAAGACACUCAACCCCUCACAUGCUGGGCCCAUUGUGGUCCACUGCAGCGCGGGCGUGGGCCGGACAGGCACUUUCAUUGUGAUCGACGCCAUGAUGGACAUGAUACACUCAGAACAGAAGGUGGAUGUCUUUGAGUUUGUGUCUAGGAUCCGCAAUCAGCGCCCUCAGAUGGUCCAGACAGAUGUACAGUACACAUUCAUCUACCAAGCUUUACUGGAGUAUUACCUCUAUGGGGACACCGAGCUGGAUGUGUCCUCCCUGGAAAGGCACCUGCAGACCCUACAUAGCACAGCCACCCAUUUUGACAAGAUCGGGCUGGAGGAAGAGUUCAGGAAACUGACCAACGUGCGAAUCAUGAAGGAGAACAUGAGGACAGGCAACCUGCCUGCCAACAUGAAGAAGGCCCGUGUCAUCCAGAUCAUCCCAUAUGACUUCAACCGGGUAAUCCUCUCCAUGAAAAGAGGGCAAGAAUACACAGACUAUAUCAACGCAUCCUUCAUAGAUGGCUACAGGCAGAAGGACUACUUCAUGGCCACACAGGGGCCUCUGGCUCACACAGUUGAGGACUUCUGGAGGAUGGUGUGGGAAUGGAAAUCACACACAAUUGUCAUGCUGACCGAGGUGCAGGAACGGGAGCAGGAUAAAUGCUACCAGUAUUGGCCAACAGAGGGCUCGGUGACUCAUGGAGAUAUAACUAUAGAAAUAAAGAGUGACACUCUGUCUGAAGCCAUCAGCAUACGAGACUUCCUGGUUACUUUUAAACAGCCCCUGGCCCGCCAGGAAGAGCAAGUCCGAAUGGUGAGACAAUUCCAUUUCCAUGGCUGGCCUGAGAUUGGAAUCCCAGCUGAGGGCAAAGGCAUGAUCGACCUCAUCGCAGCAGUGCAGAAGCAGCAGCAGCAGACAGGAAACCACCCCAUCACUGUGCACUGCAGUGCUGGAGCAGGGCGGACAGGUACAUUCAUAGCACUCAGCAACAUUUUGGAACGAGUGAAAGCCGAGGGACUCCUAGAUGUGUUUCAAGCUGUGAAGAGCUUAAGACUUCAGAGACCACACAUGGUGCAAACCCUGGAGCAAUAUGAAUUCUGCUACAAAGUGGUACAAGAUUUUAUCGAUAUAUUUUCUGAUUAUGCUAAUUUCAAAUGAAGAUUCCUGCCUUAAAAUAGUUUUUAAUUUAAUGGUCAGUAUAUUUUGUAAAAAAAUGUUAAUUUAUUUCCUAGUGGACAUUAAUAUCCUUCCUAAUUUCUUUGUAUAUAUUUUGUUAUGUUCUAAAGCUUACCUGCCCAAAGGGUAUUAAGUCUUAAAUGCCCUUUUUAAAAAUUGGAAUAAUAUGUUAAGGUCCAAUACUAUCUGGGAAGAUCUAUAUUUCUGCUAAUAUCAGUCAAUAUCUUAAUUCUGUUAGAUUCACAUCAUGUGAUGUCACAUGUCAUGCAUCUGUAAUUGUAGUUCUUAAUAUGUCAAAUGUGUUUGUGAAAGACACUAAACAUGAAGCCCCUUAUGGAGAAAACAGUUGAGGGGACUCACAAUCAGGAAACAUUUACUCUCCCUACCAACUGUGGCAUCCAUCCAGGGCAUCAGGGUGUGGCAAACAGUAUAUGUGGGGGCUUCGGUAAAGUCCUAGGUCUCAGCCAUGUAGUUCAUUUUUACAUUUAAAAGAUCAAAGAAGGAGCCAGGCAUGGCAGUGCAUACCUGUGUUUCUUGCACCUGGGAGGCUAAA